AUGGAGCGCUGGGACCUGGAGAAGCGCUUCGAGCCGAAGCUGGUGGCCUACCUGAAGCGAACGGGGGCGCCCCCUCUUCAGGAAGAGCUUCAGCGGCUGGAGCAGGAGCUCCGGCAUGCCGGCGUGCCCCCCGUCUGUCGCUCGGGCUACUUGCUGGUGGUCUUCGGGGAGGUCUCCGAGAAGAGCACCGACGAAGACUUCCGGUACCUUCUCACCGGGAAGCGCGAGGGGAGGCCUGGGCCCUGGGACAGCAGCCCCGCUUGGCUCCGUUUUGCGUCUCCGUCCGUCCGCGCACGUCGGACUCUGAGGGACGGGUUAUCGCCAUCGCCAGAGAAGCGCCAGAAAGAAGACGCAGGCGCAGGCGCACCCGGCUUGCUCUCUGUUCCCUCCAACAACACCUUCCCUGCCCCCGUUCUUCAGGAGACAAGAGCACGGGCACAGGAGUUGUGCUCUUCAGUGGAACGGCAGCUGCCCAAUCAGCGGACCUUGCGAGGAGCCAAGCCCUCGAACGACCGCGGCCCCGACCGCGGGAACUCCGAGCGUGGAAACUCCGAGCGGGAGUCGCGUGGGAACUCCGCAGGUGUGCCUCCUCUGUCCGAGGGCUGGAUGAACGAGGAGGCACGGUAG